AGUGCGCCCUGCUCCAGUGAGAGGGAGUCGGAGGUGCACGGCACACACAGGAGUCCGCUGCUUCUUGGUUUGUUCUCGAGUCCGACUCUCCGACAACGUUCACACUUGUCUCUCCCCCUCUGGAUGAACCCUGCGCGGACGAAUACGGUGGUGAUCAGAGGGAAGAAGAGCGAUGGCCUGGGCGCACUGGCACAGACUGCUUCUAUAAAAGUUAUCACUUUUGUAGGUUCGGAAGAGCGCGCCCAGCCCAGCUCGGAGCCCCGGCGAUUGGACACUUCCUCUGCGACGCCCGCCGAGUCCUCCCGGUUCCAGGAGCACGGUCCCGGCCGCAGCCACGCCACCCCUCAACCCCGGACACCCAGCACCAUUCAGCGCGAGGCUCUUUCACCAGACAUGCCCUGUGUGCAGGCUCAGUACGGGCCCGCCCCUCCAGGCUCAGCCUACUCUGGCCAGUCCUUCAGUUACCAGGGCGACAGUUACAGCUCUGACCUCAUGACCCCUGACUACACCAAACUGGACCUGGGCGGGGGUGACAUCUCCGCCGCGGCUACCACCUCCCUCCCCAGCUUCAACGUCUUUGUGGAGGGCAGCUACGAACCCAAGUCUUCAUGCCUCUACCAAAUGCCUCCACACAGGCCCACCAUCAAAAAGGAGGAAGAGACCUACCCAACGGCUCCGGCACUGGAGGCCAUGUCUUCUGCCGCUAUGUACUUCAAACAGUCCCCUCCCUCCACUCCCACCACUCCGUCUCUGCCCCCCCAUCCUGGCGCCUCCUUCCUGUGGGAUGAGCACUCCCUGGCUCCUCCAUCGCACCCCCACUCUCUGGGCUCCAGCCUGGAGACGGGCCCCCUCAAGUCUCCCCGCUUUCAGCACUUCUACCAGCAUUCGCCGCCCCACAGUGGCGGCAGCAUCGGCGGCUAUGAGAGUCUGGGAGGAGGACUGGUUCGGACCUCUUCCUCCUCCUCCUCCUCUUCAUCCUCAGUCUCCCAUCCUCAUGGUCCACCCCUGGAGCAGUCCAUGUACCAGCUGCACCGUGGGGCCGGGGGCAGCAGCCUCGCCUUUCGCUCCCUGGCUCUUGGGCCCUGUGGCCCCCUACUGGGUGACAACCUGCCCUCGCCUCCCCCGCGUGGCCCUCAAGGAGAGGGCACCUGCGCAGUGUGUGGGGAUAACGCGGCCUGCCAGCACUAUGGCGUACGCACAUGUGAGGGCUGCAAAGGCUUCUUCAAGCGCACCGUGCAGAAAAACGCCAAGUAUGUGUGUCUGGCCAGUAAGAACUGUCCGGUGGACAAGAGGAGACGCAACCGCUGCCAAUACUGCCGCUUCCAGAAGUGUCUGAGCGUGGGCAUGGUGAAGGAAGUGGUACGCACUGACAACUUGAAGGGGCGCCGCGGGCGCCUUCCUUCCAAACCAAAGAGCCCCCUGCAGACAGAAGCGUCUCCACCUUCUCCACCCCUCAGCCUGCUCUCCGCUCUGCACAGGGCUUAUUCUCACUCCACGCCCCGUGACUUCGACUACAACCAGUUCAUUGCUGCCGACCCUCCCUCCUCCUCCUCAGACGCCGAGCACAUCCAGCUCUUCUACCGGCUGCUCACCAUCUCGAUGGAGACCACGCGGUGCUGGGCUGACCGGCUGCCCGGCUUCUCCGAGCUGCAGCGCGACGAUCAGAACCUGCUCAUAGACUCUGCCUUUCUGGAGCUGUUUGUCCUGCGACUGGCUCACAGGUCGGUGUUGUCAGAGGAUAAACUUGUGUUCUGCAACGGCUUGGUGCUGCACAGGUUCCAGUGCCUUCGUGGGUUUGGAGAGUGGCUGGACUCCAUCCGGGAUUUCUCCACCCACCUCCAGAGCCUAAACCUGGACACCUCUGCCUUCGCGUGCCUGGCCGCCCUGGUACUGCUCACAGAGCAAGUCCCGGGUCUGAAGGACUCAAAGCGAGUUGAGGAGCUGCAGAAUAAAGCGAUUUCCUGUCUGAGAGACCACCUGAGUUGCGGAGCUUCUUCCUCCGCGUCCAAGGCCGCGCCGCCUCUGAGUCGCAUUCUGGGUUUGAGGGCGGAGCUCCGUUCCCAGAGAACCCAGGGCCUUCAGCGAAUCUUCUACCUGAAGCUUGAGGAUCUGGUGCCGCCGCCACCAUUGAUUGACAGAUUCCUGGACACUUUGCCCUACUGAGAGCGCGGCCUGAGUGAGACCCACACCGCGUCAUGUUCAGGCGUUUUUUCCCCCCGAGGAGCACGCACACAAAUCCAGAAGAGAGACUCUUCUGACUGGUGCUGAACAGAGAGAGCAGAAUGAAAUGCUUUCCGCUCUUCAGGACAACCAAUCAACAACGUCUUUUCACUCAAAUGAACUUCAAACUAAAUGCUUUUCACCAGUAUAAAAGACAAUUACUCAAAUGCUUUAUCACUUUUAUUUGAUCCUCCUUUUUUUCUCACAUGGAGGAGGAAGGCGAGGCUGAGAUGGACAAUGGAAAAAUGACUUUUUAAUGUCCUCUCUCCAUCUGGGUGGCAGCUCAUCCAGCAAAAAAAAAAAAAGAAAGAAAGAAAGAACACCAAGGUUUAUGAGUACUGUUUAUCUGUAUUUUGGCCUGGCUCAUCCAGUCCGAGGACUUUUUGGUAAAGAGGGAAGGUGUGAUUGUGAUCGAAUGUUAUCAAAGAUGAAGAUGUCCCAGUGAAACACAAGUCACUGUGUAUUCUACUUUGUUCUCCUGAAAGGGGGCGAAGAGGGCGUUUUCAUACCGAAAUGUACUGAAAUGUCAGAGGUCACACAGUGUGGGCAUAGACAUGCAGAAUCAUCACAAAGUGGGACGCAGGUAUUUCAUAAACACAUGGAAGUGGCUGUUGAGUAGAGCCCUUGAUUCCAAGUGCAAUUUCAUAAGUGCUAUCCCACCACAAAAGGAAACGUCGGAGAAGGAAUGGUUUAAUUUCAAACUCUAAAUUAUUUUAAUACAAAGACUUGUCCUGUACUGUCAGUAGGUCAAAAAAAACAAACAGACAGUCUCCGUCUGGCUUUAGACAGCAGAGGAGAUACUGUGCACUAACGAUUGAUGACUGAGUCAACCAGACUUGAACUUGCUCUAGUUUUUUUUUAUCUUCUCAUUUUGAAAUCAUAGGUCGAGUAGGAGUAUUGAGGAAUAAACAUGGACAGAAAUUGGCUUUUGAAGCACUUACACCCUGAGAAGGGCUAGAAGCACAGACACACACCCUAUACCUGCUCGCCCCGGAGGAUGGCGGGGAGUGGGGGGCAGGAGGGUGCUCGACAGAUAGCUGUAUGUCAACGGGUGGAACAUUCCGCAGUCAUGCUCUUUUUUUCUAUUUGUUUCUGUUGUGGAGGUCGUGUGAGAGUGUGGAGGACAUGGUUGCAUACCGUCUUUGUGUGUACGCUUAGAGAAGCCAGGAUCAUAUGCAUGGUGUGUUAUAAGCUGUCAAGAGCUGCCAUAGCCUGUCAAAACAGCUCGACCUGUGUUUGUGUCUCAGACUGCGGCUCUGUGGGGAUCUCCCUGGGCCUCGACCACCCACUCACACACACUCACAGCAGCAGUUUGAAAUAUGAAAAAAAGCAAAUUAUAUAGAUAUAAAUAUAAAUAUAAAUAUAUAUAUAUAUAUACAAAACUAAUAUUUUUAAGUGUUUUUAGCUUUUUCAAAUAUUGUGGUACGAGUUGUGCAUUGUUUUUUGAAGAAGAGAAACAAAAAAGAAAAAAAGAUGCUGUUUUUUUCCAAUGUCCCUCUUUGGUUUGAGUUUCCUGUUUGUUCUUUCUCUUUGGUUCACUGGAUUUUAUGUUCAGCACUUUGAAAUCAUAAACUAGUUCUGAUUAAUCUGA